CGCGCUUUUGACACUCGACCUCCCGGAGAAACCCGAGAAGAACCGGUGGGUGGGAGGAAAGGAAGCGGCUGUUCGGCAGACACUCACCCGGACUACCAGCGUGAUCAGCAGCCGUCGCCCCUGACAGCUCCCGGAGGAUGUGCGGUAUUAACGCCUGAUGGCGGCCGCUCGAGCACCAUCUUUGAGACACGACCAGACGUUCGGAGUAAUGAGAGUGGACGAGUGAAGGAGGCAGGUGUCCCAGUAGAACAUUGGCAGUUAAGUGGGAGGCCGUGCAAGGAUGCUUGAGGCGGAUGCAGACCCAGCAGGAGCAGCAGUGGAGUUAGAAGAGGAGGCAGAGAUGGGGAGCGGAGACUUGAAGACUGAGGUGGUGCGGCUGUCUCUGGAGCUCCAGGAGGCCACGGAGGAGAAGCUACAGGCCGCCCGCUAUGGCCUGGUGGUGCUGGAGGAAAGUGCUGCUCUCAAGACGAAACACAGGCAACUGGAAGAGGAGCACGAAGCCCUUAAAGGGGAGCUACAGCAGCUCAGAGAGGCAUUUGCGGAUUCUUUGAGCAGCCAGAAGCGUGCAGCUGCUGAUGGAGAAUGCCGGGAGGAAAAUCUCCUGCAGGAGACUGCCAGUAAGGAGGCUGCCAUGGCAACCCGCAUGGAGGAAGUUCAAGCAGAGCUCAAGCAAUCCCGCCUGGCUCUGGGCAAUGCACAUGCAGAGAUCGAUAGAUUGGGGGUAGUCUCCACCCAGUUAAAGAAGGAGUGUGAGUGUCUGGAGGCAGAGAAGGGCCAUCUGAGGGAUGAGAUGAAGGAAUAUAAAGUACGUGAGCUACGCCAGUUGCAGGACAAUGGCGAGCUUGAAGAAGAAAACAUAUCUCUGCAAAAACAGGUGUCUGUGCUGAAAGAAAACCAGGUUGAGUUCGAAUCAAUAAAGCUGGAGCUGACCCAGAAGAACGAGGAGCAGGAUGAGUUGCGAGCUCAGCUGGAGGAGGCAGGGAGGCUGAGGGAGAUAGCAGAGAUGCAGCUGGAUGAGGCUCUGGAAGCCCUGAAGGAGGAGAGGGAGCAGAAGAACAGUCUGCGGCGAGAGCUCUCCUCCCUGACCCUUCACCCCUUUGAUGCUGUGGGGAACCUGGAGCUCCACUUGGAGCAGCUGGAUGACAGCCAGGAGCGUGGCCAGGGGGGAGAGGGAGUAGGAGAGGGCGGGGGAGAGGACCAGGACAGCGGCUAUAACAAUGGUCCUGGGUCUGCUCCCAGUUCUGCUCACCCUCCUCACUUGGGGGGCUCCAAAAGUAAUGGCCUCAUCCAUUGCUGCUCUACUCCGCGCACCAGUGAUGUGUUCCUGCGUGCUCCAGCUUCUGGGCUGGUGUCGGACCUACUGAGUGAGCUACACUUCUCAGACAGUCAGAAACUGAAACAGCAACUCCUACAGGCUGAACGAGAGAAGUCCACACUGUCCAGCAAAGUGGAGGAGCUGCAGAUGCAGCUGGUAAUGUCCCGACAGGCGCUCAGUCAGCAAGAGGACAAGGUUGGCUCCCUCACCCAACAGCUGGAGGCUGUGCAGAGCAGCCAGCAGCACCACCAGGAGGCAGAAGACAGGGGAGAGGAUGACGCAGAGAUUGGAGAAGGUGGCAAUGGUGUCUUUGACUACGAGGUAGACACCAAGAGCAAGGAGGUGCUGGAGGCACGCAUGCGUUCAGCCAGCGAAGAGCUUCUGAAGGUGCGAGAUGAACUGUCUCAGGCAGGUACUCGUUAUAACACUCUAGAGCAGCGAUACAAGCAGGAGAAGGAUCGCUGGAGGGCAGAGGCCCAGGAGCUGGCUGACAAGAUCCGUCAAUGCAUCAAGUCUAGUAAACAGGACCAGGAGCGCAUCAGUGAGCUGGAGAAGGAGAUUGGAGCCACACGGAAAGUGGCGAUAGAUUCAGAAGGGCAUUUAAGCGUUGCCCAGGAAGAGCUGCUGGCCUUCUCUGAGGAGCUGUCCAACCUCUAUCACCACAUCUGUGUGUGCAACAACCUGACACCCAAGCGAGUCACCCUGGACUAUUACCGUGAUGGUGCCAGAGCGAGUGGCGCAGCAAGUAGUGCAAGAAGAGCACACAAUGUCUACCCCCAGCACAAUGCCCAGAAGAAGCCUCGGCCCAAUGAAAUGUUCAUCUCCAAAGCUGCAGCAUUGCAGUUCAUGGGUGAGGUGGACAGUGCAGGAGCCAGUGCAGAAUCUCCUAAUUGCCCUGGGUCGCCCACCCUGGAUUUCAGGGACCCUUCUAACGUUCGCAACUUGGUAGCGGUCAUCCGUUGUCAGAUCAAACACCUCCGGGUGGCGGUUGACCUCUGUCGUCAGAGGGGAGCGAUGCCUUACUCAGGGCUCAGCAUCAGUGGAGAGUCAGAGCGGGAUGCUGAGAGCCUCUUGGAGGAAGUUCUAAAACUCAAGUCCCUUCUCAGCACCAAGAGGGAACAGAUAGCUACGCUCAGGACUGUCCUCAAGGCUAACAAACAGACUGCAGAGUUGGCCCUGUCCAAUCUGAAAACUAAGUAUGAGACAGAGAAGAGCAUGGUGUCAGAGACGAUGAUGAAGCUGCGGAAUGAGCUCAAAGCCCUAAAGGAGGACGCUGCCACCUUCUCCUCACUCCGAGUCAUGUUUGCCAGUCGGUGUGACCAGUAUGUCACUCAGCUGGAUGAGAUGCAGAGGCAGCUGGCAGCGGCUGAGGAUGAGAAGAAGACACUGAAUUCUCUUCUGCGCAUGGCCAUCCAGCAGAAGCUGGCUCUUACUCAGCGAUUGGAGGAUCUGGAGGCCCCUCUGUCUCCCCACAGCUUGAACAGCAGCCCUCGCCGCUCCCGAGCCAAAGAACUGGCCACCAAGUCAGGCAGGGCCCCUCGGAGCCCCCGAAGCAGUCCUGCACGGCCGACACUGAGGAGCAGUCCACGGGCUAGCCCGGUUCUCGGUAGCAGCGUUCCUGCCAUGGCCACACAUCACCUGCGAGCUCUAACCCGAAGUCUUCACACAAGCCCUCGCUGAAACACUCCUUCCAUUACUUCAAACCCCCUCUUCUCCAUAAGGACCUGUCUUCAUGUUGACUCCCCGGCUCCUCCCUCCUUUCCUGACUCAAGACAUCCUGUUCAUCCCAGACUCGAUGCUACAUUCCCUUCUCUGCCCUCCAGAACCCUGGAUAAAAAAAAAAAGAACAAAACAAAACAAAAAAAGAGUUAAAAACAAAAGUUUCAAAAAUAAAUCUCUCAUCCGGCCCCCUUGGUCUUCUCUGCUUGGAGUGGAGAAGCCUGCAUGCAGCCUGGAGAAGGAUGAAGAGACACGUGCUGCUCAUUGCUCUGUGAAGUCAUUGACUGUGUCUUGUCCGAAGUGGUUUCUAACUUCCAUCUGGUCUUGUUCAAGGCUGUGUGUCGUGGUCAACCACUGACAGUAUUUAUUCCAGAAUGAGACUAUUCACGUACAGUAUUACUGUCCUCAGCCUUUGAUUUAAGGCUAUGAUCUGUUUUUUGGUUGUAUGUCUUUACACUCUUGCCUUUAGUCUGGCAUCCUGGUCAGGUCUGUCUGGCGUCUUUUAGUGUCUGUAAGCCUUUAGAUCAUCUGUGAAAGGUCUCCCAGGUAGUGGUUUUAAUAGAGCAGUUUAGCCUUACUAACAUCAUUUUUAUCCUAAAAGUAGAGAGUUUGCCAUAGUCUCGAGGUUUCUCCCUUUUGCUGGUGGUACAGUUAAAUGCCGAUAUUUUACAUGUCUGGCUCUUUAGCUUCAGCCACACCCUUUAACUAAAGGUCAGUAAACAUACAUUUCAUUGAUUGAAAUGGGUCAGCCAUAGGCUCACCACCUCAGGUCAAACAGAGUAAUCAGAUACUUGAUUUGGGAGAUCUUUAACGUGCAUUUUACUUUGCAAACUAUGCAGACUAGGUCAGGACACUGCCUGUAUGCUCCUGCUGUUCUUGAGGAUCAGGGUAGUCUUUUGAAUCUUAGUUUCACUUUGAGUUAAUAGUGGCUGACUGCAGCCCUUUACAGCAGCCAUAUAGCAUCUCUCACAAUAAUCAGCUUUCAGAAAUCAUCUGGGAGUGCAUAGUG